UGUAGACCUCUAUGUUGGGUAGAGCACAUGUCAAUGGACAAUGAAACUGGAUUGGAUCCUUCUGGUGUAAGAGUAAGGCCUGUCACUGGACUUGUUGCAGCAGAUUACUUUGCUCCUGGCUAUUUUGUGUGGGCAGUUCUGAUUGCCAAUUUGGCUCGGAUUGGAUAUGAGGAGAAAACCAUGUACAUGGCUGCAUAUGAUUGGAGACUUUCAUUCCAGAACACUGAGGUACGGGACCAAACCCUGAGCACGAUAAAAAGCAAUAUAGAACUCAUGGUGAAUACAAAUGGUGGGAAAAAGGCUGUGGUUGUUCCACAUUCAAUGGGAGUUCUGUAUUUUUUGCAUUUCAUGAAGUGGGUUGAGUCACCAGCUCCAAUGGGUGGUGGUGGGGGACCAGACUGGUGUGCUAAGCAUAUAAAGGCAGUGAUGAACAUUGCUGGGCCAUUUUUGGGUGUUCCAAAAGCAGUCGCGGGACUUUUCUCUGCCGAAGCUAAGGAUGUUGCUGUUGCCAGGGCAAUUGCACCUGGUGUUUUGGACAAGGAUGUAUUUGGUCUCCAAACUCUGCAACAUGUAAUGCGGAUGACCCGCACUUGGGAUUCAACAAUGUCAAUGAUACCAAAAGGUGGAGAUACCAUUUGGGGUGGUCUUGAUUGGUCACCUGAAGAUGGAUAUAUAUGUAGUUCAAAAAAGCACAGAAACAAUGAUACUACAGUUGCAGCCAAUAACAUGACAGAUAAUGUGGUCACUCAGACAAAAAGUGCAAAUUAUGGAAGGAUAAUAUCAUUCGGGAAAGCUGUGGCAGAAAUGGAUUCCUCCAAGAUCAAUUGGACAGAUUUUAGGGGUGCUGUUAAGGGUAGUAAACUAGCAAACAUGACCUGUCAUGAUGUAUGGACGGAGUAUCAUGAUAUGGGCUGGGCAGGUAUUAACGCAGUGGUGGACUACAAAGUUUACACUGCUGGAUCAAUUUUGGAUCUGCUUCACUUCAUUGCCCCAAAGAUGAUGAAACGGGGAGAUGAUCAUUUUUCAUAUGGGAUUGCUGAGGAUUUGGAUGACCCUAAAUAUAAUCACUUCAAAUAUUGGUCGAAUCCCUUGGAAACAAAAUUACCCAAUGCUCCUGACGUGGAGAUCUAUUCUAUGUAUGGAGUUGGCGUCCCGACAGAAAGAGCAUAUGUAUACAAGUCAAUUCCAGCUGCUGCUGAAUGUUACAUUCCAUUUCAGAUUGAUGCCUCAGCUGAUGGUGAAAAUGACGGUAGCUGUCUCAAAGGUGGAGUCUUCUCAGUGAAUGGAGAUGAAACUGUGCCUGUUCUUAGUGCUGGCUUCAUGUGUGCAAAAGGUUGGCGUGGUAAAACCCGUUUCAAUCCAUCAGGCAUUCGAACUUACAUAAGGGAGUAUGUUCAUGCCCCUCCAGCUAAUUUUCUGGAAGGCCGGGGCACGCAGAGUGGUUCUCAUGUUGAUAUAAUGGGAAAUUUUGCAUUGAUUGAGGACAUAAUGAGAGUUGCAGCAGGGGCUACAGGAGAAGACUUAGGUGGUGAGCGAGUUUACUCUGAUAUCUUCAAGUGGUCCGAGAAAAUCAAUUUACUGCUAUAGUGUCUGCAGGGAUUUCAAACCAGGGCUGUGGCAGAUGCAUGAUCUUCUCAUUUUACCCUCUUUUCUUGGAGCUGGCAAGAUGAGCAGGUUGACAGGGGGAAAAAAGAGCGUUUGAGCUCGAUCAACUUGUAAUUUAUUGUUCAAUUGGCAUCAGGAGGCAGACAGAGAAAGGGAGGCUCGUGGAAUAAUCUUCCUACCAAAGAAAGUGAGCUCUGCUCUUGUCAGUGCCUAUUUUAGUUUGAAUUCUGUAUUUUCCUCAAGCUUGAAUGGCUUCAGUUAUUUAUAGCUCUGGUUAUUAGAUAAAAACCAUUAACUUAAAAUUUUCAAUUGUAAAGUACUUUUAAGUCGUAAUUUGUUUUAUUCUUUUCAAUGAUGUCCGCACAUCUGUGUGGGGGUUGUCAGUCAGGAAGUACAGAAGAAAAUGUCAACAUCUAAACACCUCGUGUGAGUGGCCCAA